AGAUGGCGGCAUUUCCGACGAAGUUGUUUUUGUGAACUUUUGUACUUUGUUCUUUGGUGCACAUACAUUCCUUUUAUACAAUUUACAUUCCUGCUGACAUAUUCCUGUGGUUUAGGAUAGUAUCGGUGCUGUUUGUGUGGGUUGUUACGGCGCCUGGUGGAGUUUGUCCACUGACUUAUCUCGUGUCAGUUAACCGUUGCUGGUAACAGACAGUACAGAGUCACACGGGAGUGACAGCAGCUUUGAAGCAUCUAAACAGCUCCGAGAUGAAGGAGUCUCUGUCCCUGGUGCAGAAACUGAGUGCACACCCGGACUCCCGGUGUUGGUUCGUCAGCUGGAGCCCGUCGGGGACGCUGCUGGCCUCAUGCGGGGGCGACAAGGCCAUCCGGAUAUGGGGACGAGAAGGUGACUCCUGGAUAUGUAAGAGUGUGCUUCAGGACAGCCACCAGCGCACCGUGAGGAAAGUGGCAUGGUCCCCCUGUGGGAAUUAUCUGGCCUCUGCCAGUUUUGAUGCAACCACGUGCAUCUGGAAAAAGAAGAACGAUGAUUUUGAGAGUUUGACUGUGUUGGAAGGACAUGAAAAUGAGGUCAAAUGUGUGGCGUGGGCGCCUUCAGGGAAUCUGCUGGCAACGUGUAGUCGAGACAAGAGCGUCUGGGUCUGGGAAGUCGAUGAAGAAGACGAGUAUGAGUGUGUAACCGUUGUAAACUCUCACACACAAGAUGUCAAACAUGUUGUGUGGCACCCGAACCAGGAGCUUCUGGCUUCAGCGAGCUACGACAACAACAUUUGUAUUUACAAGGAAGAGGAUGACGACUGGGAGUGUCGAGCCACUCUGAAGGGCCACACUUCCACAGUGUGGAGUUUGUCUUUUGAUGCAGCUGGACAGAGGCUGGCCUCCUGCAGCGACGACCGCACCGUGAAGAUUUGGAAAGAGUAUCCAAAUGAAAGUGCACAGGGAGAUUUGUCCUGGAAGUGUAUUUGCACUCUGUCUGGGUACCACGGACGUACAGUUUAUGAUAUCGCCUGGUGUCCGCUUACUGGCGCCCUGGCUACUGCCUGCGGUGAUGACACAGUGCGAGUGUUUAAGGAGGACGUUACGGCCGACCCCGACCAGCCGGUGUUUUCACUGGCUGCACAGAUGACCAGAGCUCACAACCAGGAUGUCAACUGUGUCGCCUGGAAUCCGAAGGAGGUGGGACUGUUGGCCUCCUGCAGCGAUGACGGAGACAUCAGCAUCUGGCAGUUCCAAGAAGAGGACUAACACUGAUCACCAUUAACUUGCCUCUCGCUUAACCUGGACAGUUAAGGUACACUGGAAACUGGUGAUCACACGUAAUAUGUUCAGUUCAGCACGCUUUUACAGCUCACCUGCUUGAUAUUAGUUUAUGAACAUGUCACUUGUGAUGUUGCUUCAGCGCAUUUUGUACUUUGAGUCUACAUUUUCCUUUAACAGCUCAAUGAAGAAUUUACUGACAUUUCAUGUUUAUAUAAAGAAAUAAAUAUACAAACAAUA